AUGGAGCGUGAGAUUGCGAUGCAGGCCAAGGCCCAAGCUAAGGCCAUCUCCGACAUGAUUCGGCGGGCCGUCUCGGCAGCCUUGGAACAGAUCCUGGUUUGGGACAUCCGACGUGGUAGCCUCGAAGGUAGCCUCGGAGGUGGCGAGAGCAAUGUGGAAGUUGAAGUCACUUCUUUGAUUCUCUCAUCAGAUGCUUCUGCUGUCUUUGCGGGUUAUGCUGAUGGUUCUCUUAGAGUUUGGGAUUUGGCCUCGGCUUCUGUUCUCCUUACCUUUAAUGGUCACAAGUCGGCGACAACUUGCCUCGCAGAGGGUCAAGGCUCUUCUGGCUCGCUUCUCCUCGCUUCGGGUUCAAAGGAUACUGACAUCAUUGUUUGGGAUGUCGUCGGUGAGGAAGGUCUCUACCGUCUUCGCGGUCACAAGGACAUGAUCACCGCUGUGGCUCUUCUCUCCUCCUCUCCCCGCCUCGUUUCGGCCUCCAAGGACUCGCUCGUCAAGGUCUGGGAUCUCGAGUCUCAGUCUUGCAUCCAGACCCUGGUCGGACAUCGUGCUCAGGUCUGGUCGCUCACCUUUUCUCCCGACGAGUCGCGUAUGAUCUCCGGGGCUGUCGAUGCCUGCCUCCGCGUCUGGGAUGCUGCGCCCAUGGCCGAAGGCGGCGAGCUCGGAUACAUGGGCCGCAUCGAUCGCGCCUCGACCGACCGUGUCCUCGACCUCUCCUACGGCUACGGCGGCAAGCUCGUCCUCGCCGUCACCGCAGAGAAGAUGCUUGAGAUCUUCCGCGUCCGCGACCCGGUCGCUGUCGAGAAGAAGAUUGCCCGCCGGCUCCGCCGCCGCCGCGAAAAGGCGACCAAGGCCGCAAAGGCCAAGGCCGCCCUCGCCGAGGCCGCCACCGUCAUGAUGGUCGAGGGCGCUGAGGCCGAGGCCGCCGCAUCCGCCACUGAGACCGAUCCGGAGCUGCGCAUGCUGGACGGCCGCGACCCGGAGCUGCCCAUGGGCUCGGACGAGAUUGCGUCGCUGCUGACCAUCCGGCUGGCCGCCAAGGUCCGCUCAGCCUCGUUUGCGCCGCCGCCGCCGUCGGCUGCCGGCGCCUCGGGCCUCCCGCCCUCAUUCUCGGUCCUCGUCGCUCUCGCCAACAACUCGCUUGAGGAGUACCGCGUCGACCUGACCUUUAAGGAGCUCUCCGACGCCGCAAAGCUGGUCCCGGGCGUCCAGCCGGGCGUCGCCUCUGCCGCCUACACCCGCACCGGCCACGUCGCCCGCGCCGCGCACGCCACUGAUAUCCGUGCCCUCUCCCUCUCCCGCAACGACGACAUGCUCGCCUCGGGCUCCGCCGAUGCCAUCAAGGUCUGGAACAUGUCCACAUUUGAGGUCAUCCGCGACCUGCCAGCCACCCAGGUCCUCGCCCUCGCCUUUGUCCCGGGCGACCGCCAUCUCCUCGCCGGCACCAAGGACGGCGGCCUCCUCAUCUUUGACCUCCGCACCGCUGCCCUCAUCGACGCCAUCCAGGCUCAUGAAGGCGCCGUCUGGGCCAUCCGCAUCCACCCCUCAGGCAACCGCCUCGUCACCGCCUCGGCAGACGCAGAGCUCAAGUGCUGGGACUUUGAGCUCGCAGGCACCGGCCUCGGCCUCGUCCACACCCGCACCCUCAAGAUGACCGACGACGUUCUCGGCGUCGUCUACUCGGGCGAUGGCAAGACCCUCGCCGUUGCCCUCCUCGACGCUACCGUCAAGCUCUUCUUUGAGGACUCGCUCAAGUUCAUGCUCUCGCUCUACGGCCACAAGCUGCCCGUUCUCUCGCUCGACUUUUCGUCCGACGGCGAGCUCAUCGCCACAGGCUCGGCCGACAAAAACAUCAAGCUCUGGGGCGCGGCCUUUGGCGACUGCCACAAGUCCAUCUUUGCCCACGACGACUCGGUCAUGCAGGUCGCCUUUGUCCGCCGUACCCACUACCUCUUCUCCGUCGGCAAGGACGGCCUCAUCAAGUACUGGGACGCCGACACCUACGACUGCAUCCAGAUCCUCCGCGGCCACCACGCCGAGGUCUGGACCCUCGCCCUCUCGCGCCUCGGCGACGUCCUUGUCACAGGCUCGCACGACAAGUCGCUCCGCGUCUGGCGCCGCACAGAGGAGCAGCUCUUCCUCGAGGAGGAGCGCGAGGCCGAGGCCGAGCUCGAGCUCGCCUCGGACCUCGCCAAGGAUGCCCAUCGUGAGGCAAAGGCCACCGAGGACUCCUCUGCCGCCUACGCCGGAAAGGCCACCCUUGCAUCCGUCAAGGACGGUGAGCGCCUGCUCGAGGCCGUCGACCUCGCCGUCGCAGAGUCGUACAAGUUUGUCAACCCGGAUAAGCCGACCGAGCAGCCGUCGCCGCUCCUCCUUGGCCUCACCCCAUCCGCCUACCUCCUCCGCGCCCUCGCCUCCAUCCCGCACGCCCACCUCGAGGAGGCGCUCAUGGUCAUGCCCUUCUCUGCCGUCAUGCACGUCCUCCACUUUCUUGAGGCCUGGAUCGUCCAGGGCUCCCGCCUCGAGCUCUGCUGCCGCACUCUCAACUUUCUGCUUGUCACCCAUCGCAACCAGAUCGCUGCCAACUCAUCGCUCCUCCUCCUUGUCCGCAAGCUCAAGUCGCUUGUUGACGAGCGCCUCCGCGCUCUCCGCGACACCGUUGGCUUCAACCUCGCCGCCAUCUCGGUUCUCCAGGCAAAGCUCGCAGACGCCAAGACCGUCUCCUUUGCCAAGGUCGACACCGCCGCCAUGGACGACAACUAGCCGGGCCCACAUCAAACGCAGAUCAACUGGCG